AUGGGUACUCGUGGUUUCCUAGCAUAUCGACAUAAAGGGAAAUAUUAUCGUCUAUACCUCCACGAUGACGCUCAUCCAAGCCUUCCCUACGUUCUACCUGUGGAUUUGUUUGGGCUUACGAAGGGUGGUGGUGCAGAGUGGAUCGAUAAAAUUACCAAAGCUCUAGAAGACAAGGAAAAACGUAUUCGUCUUUUAACCGGUAAUCCUUUUCCAUUUAAGGAUGAAGAUAACUCCGAUGAGGAGACUGGCAGAGACGAGGCGUCUAAGGACCGCUCGAUUCUUGGCGAUUCUGACCGCAGCUGGACUUUGGGUGCCGCAUUCAUCGAAUGGACUUAUGUUUUCGAUUUCGACGAUCGUGUCUUUACAGUCAACGGAGCCGUUAAUUUUAGGUUUGACAACAUGCCUCCACGAAAAAGGCGUCCACAUGGAUUCAGCUUGACAGAUUACCUAGAAUCCUUUGCACGAGUCAAAAUUCCUGAAAAGCAUAUUAAAAUUCUGAAACCUUGGCCACCCCCUCGCUUUGACACUAUACAAGCUGAAUCACAAUACCGUCAACUUGAGCCUCGGACCGUGCCCCUAUCCGAAUGGGGUUGUCCUAGUUGGGACACACUCACAACCUCACAACACCUUGCCUCGAGCCUCGUCAAGACCUUGGUCCAUGACUACAGUGAUGAACUGGCGUUGGCUCACUAUCCUAGCGUUUGGCACAAGAUCGGAUUGUUCUGUUGGCAAGUUGCUAAUGCUGCUGCGCCCUCCCAUCUCAUCUGUCCCCCUCUGGAUGCGACUCCCAAAAGCAGCUCGCUUUAUGUACGAGCUGAUCUUGUCAAACAUACUGGCACCACCGAUCCGAAGGUAGUACAGGCUCAUAUAGGUGGCAAGGGCACCCUUGGUUGUUACUGUUGGUUCCGUGGCUGCCUUGUUACGUUUUGCCCGAGGCUAAACGAACCAGUAUACAUGGCACAUCACGUUUGCCAAAUGGUAGAAAAUCUCCGCAAAAAGGGACGUACCAGCGGGAUCGGGAUUAUCAUGUCGGGUUGGCACGUUAUCGCAGUCGCCGUCGACGGGCCCACUGUUCGCCAAUCACCAGUAUUGGACCUACAUGACGGAGAUCAACUCGGAGAAGGUGUUUUGAUGUUGAUGCAUUUACUGAGCCCCACCUUGACGGUCGCGAAAACUCCAUGGGCCAGCGAGUCACUGGACCGCCAAUCGGUCGCUACUUUUCGUCUUCCACAUGACGUCCUUCAGCAAAUCAUCCACUUGACCGACUGGGACACAUAUGUCUCUCUUCAUUUCAUCGUCUCUCGGUACUUUCGCUCAGUCUACCUUGCCUACCCUCGAGUCGGAGACAGCAUCCUGUUGGGUUAUGAAUCCGGUACAAACUCAGAGCCAGUAUUCAAAGUUAAGACCAACGGCUCCCCUUGCUCGACUCUCGCCCGCCUUGCUUCCCCUCUGGAGAUACAACUCCAAGUGUUCAUGAACUGUGUUCUUAGGCCGGGGCUAGCAGGAACGUUCCAGUACUUGCAGAGUGGGACCGGGCUAUCCGACAACACUAUAGCGGCCAAAGAGAAGAACUUUUUCGGUCACGGUGUCCCGCGCGCAUUGUUCAAGGACGUAGUGGGAGGAGACAAGUAUCCCGAGAUGCGCAUACAGGCGGUAAACGGGUCUGGAAAAUGGUUGGAAUGA